AAGGCCAUGUGAAACUGACAAGAAUGGGAAUGAAACCUAGUGAUGUUUUCAAGCUGGCUAAAGGUUUGAGAAUUUUGGUAAAUGUCAAUGAACAUGGCCAACCGAUCCGAGCAGCUAGAAGAGUUCUAACAAGAUACAUGAUGAAACUUGUUAAACAACCAAAUCUUUGUCCGCCAGAUUUAAAUGAUUUUAAUGAUGUUAAACAUGCCUUUGGAGUUGAGCUGCUGAGAGCUGUGAGGGAGAAAUUCUAUAUCCCUAGACAUGAAAAUGUGGACAAUGUAUUAAUUGCUCUAAUGGGCAUAAAAUUCAGGAACAACAAGUAUCGGAUAAGAAAGGAGAUAUAUAAAAAGACACAUGCUAGAUUGAGGGAAAAGCUGAAAGUAGUUCUGGAAGCUAGUGGUGUUCAUGGUGAAGAAUUGGAACAUCGAGUGAUAUUUCAUGAAUUUCGUGAAGACCAAAUUUUGGCAGAGCUUGAUCGGGUUGAGCCUCCACCUGGAUUUGCUAAUCAUCAAUGGCUUAAAUUCAAGAGUAAUAUGAAAUCUGAAAAGGCAAAGAAACUAUCCGAGAAAGGAAAAAAAGCUCGUGCGACUCAAAGUCAUACUCAUACAACUGGUACCAAGAGUUAUGCUCAAGUUGAAGAUGAGCAUGUCAUUAAAUAUAAAGAACAUCCUGGGCCACUUACAUUUUUUGACUUGACACAUAAAAGGAGAGAUGGUUCUUAUGUGCAGAGUGAUUCAAAGGAAUUUAUGAUUGCUGCCAAAUCAGAAAUUGUUAGGCGUAAAAAUGAAGGAACUUGUGAAAAUCCUGUUGAAUUAGAAAGUUCAGUUUGGUAUGACUUGAUGGGUGAUGAUAAGCCUGGUCGAGCCCGUGGUUAUGGUAUUGGUGUCACGAAAUCAUCUGUGACUGCCUUCCGAGCCAAACUUAGGCAAAUGCAAAGUGAAUCAGAAAACUCCAGUGCUCAUGACAAUGAAAUAGUCCAGCUCAAGCUAUUACUUAGCAAGCAACAACAGCAACUUGUUGCACAAGAAAAUGUGAUGAAUGCAUACAUGGCAAAGACAAACGGAAUUAUAGGCAAUUUAAGAGAUGAAGUUCUACUAUAUCGCACAACAUUUGGAGCUGGUACAGAGGACUUACUUAGAUCCUACCAUCUGAAAACGAGCUCAGGGACAAAAAGUACUAUCAAUAUCAGCAAUAGAAUGGCUCUCGGGAGUUUGGGCUUACACGACUUUGGUCACAAUCAAAUGGAAAUGAGCUCAGAAAAAAGUGUUCAAGGUUGCACCCAAGCGUUGGAGGCUGGAGAUCAAUUUCAGCCAGGAUGCAGUGUUGAUGCUUUCAUCAAUGAGCUUACCUAAUGGCAUCCAGGCUGAAGUUCGUGGCUUCCUACAUGACGGCUCCUUGCACCUAUGAAAAGGCAUAAAUUGCUUGAUAUAUUGAAGCUUCAUAAGGAAUCACCAAAUAAAGGCCAAGAAUAGCAUGCUAAAAAGAGUGGUUGUUGAGGACGAUCUUUCCCAAAUGAUAGCAUUUUCUUAAUAAUGUUUUACACAUGUAAUUGCAUAUAUUUCACCCUGUACCACAUAUUUUGGUGGUUGGCCUUGUUAUUUGAGUUAAUUGCAUGAAUAUUCAAGAUCUUAUUUGA